AUGUCGUUGAAGCAGGAAAUCGAGACAUGGGUGCAGGCACUCGCUCACUACGACAAUAAUGAAUUCGACGAAUCUCUCCGCGUCUUUGACAAUAUCGCCGAUACAUCCAAGAUUUUGUUCAAUUGCGGCGUUAUCCAUGCCACAUUGGGCGAACACGAGAAAGCGGUGGAAUGCUAUCAACGUGCCAUAGCGCUCGACAACUACCUCGCCGUAGCGUACUUCCAACAAGGCGUCUCCAAUUUCCUGCUUGGCGAUUUCGAGGAGGCGCUCGCCAAUUUCAACGAUACCCUCCUGUACCUCCGCGGAAACACAUCGAUAGACUAUGAGCAGCUCGGGUUGAAGUUUCGCUUAUUUUCGUGCGAGGUAUUAUUCAAUCGAGGCUUGAGUUAUAUCUAUCUGCAGCAGAUAGAUACAGGUUUGCAGGAUCUGCAAUUUGCGUCCAAGGAAAAGGUCACGCCGGAUCAUGAUGUGAUUGACGAGGCGAUUAGGGAGCAGGCUGAAGGAUACACUGUAUUUUCAAUUCCCGUCGGUGUCGUCUACCGUCCCAAUGAAGCCAAAGUCAAGAAUCUCAAGACAAAAGACUACCUCGGCAAAGCAAGGCUGGUAGCAGCCUCAGACCGCAACAAUGCAUUCAUCGGCUUCCAGGGCUCAGAACUCAAGAAAGCAAUGGCCAUCGAAACAGCAGCAAAGGACGAUAGACCAGCCGAGAAUAUUUCGUACGCCGCCACGAAUCUCGUGCAAAAGAAUCUCUCGAGCAGAAGUCGACAACAAUCCGAACCACCGUUGGGCAGGAAUACGUUUCCGCCUACGCCACCGCCAGAGUCGGAUAAGGGUUCGUCUGCUAGUGGUUCUUCUGGAGGGUUGACGCAGCGUGCCGCGUCGGUCAGGUCGGGGGCUGGUGGUCGUCCGCCCAGGCUGCAAUUGGAUCGGCCCGGUGGUGCAGGCACGAAUGGGCGGACGGGAGGUAAUAUGCCGUCCAUGGAGAAAUCGAGAAUUGGCUCGACUCGUACGGCCUCUGAGCCUCGAGGACCGCCGUCACGACAGUACUCCAACUCUUCGCGUGCGAGGGAUGGACGUCCCCGCCUCUACCGCGAGACGACAGGUAGCCGUCGCGGCGAUGGCGGAUUCGAGUUCGUCCCUGAAGAGGAAUACAACGACGAAGUAUUUGACAUGUACAUAAGCCCGCGCACAAACACCAACGGCUUCGCACCCAAGACUCGCCAACAACAACAACCGCGCUACAUUGAAGAAGAACCAGAAUACAGCAGCGAAUACGAAGACGAAAUCCCCGAAGACGCCGAAUUCGAAAUGGUCAAUGAACAGCCACCACCCCGCAAACAGCGUACUAGAUAUAGUAACCCACAGUCUCAAAGCUCCGGGCAAGGCCGAAGAGCACCUUCUCGUCGGCGCACGAUGCCUGAUAUCAGGAAAUUCCGCGUCAAGGUUCAUGCACUUGAGGAUACGCGGUAUAUUAUGAUUGAAGCGAAUAUCGGAUAUGGUGAGUUUGAGGGCCGAAUUCGCGAGAAAUUUGGCUUUAGGGGUCUGUUGAGGAUACGUAUGCGCGAUGAUAAUGAUAUGAUUACGAUGGGCGAUCAGGAGGAUUUGGAUUUGUUGCUGAGUGCGGCGAGAGAUGAGGCGAGGAGGGAGAAUCAGGAUAUGGGGAAGAUUGAGAGCCUCUUGCGCGAAAAGCGCAAAGAACUUGCUACACACACCGACCUUCCACAGACACCACCCCGCGAUCCAAAAAACGUAAAUGAAUUCCUGAAAGAGGCCUACCGCAUAAACUCCCACAUUCAAUCCCUCCUGCACUACCUCCAAUCAAUCCGCCAUUCCUACCUGUCUAUCCACACCACCAAAAAGAAACCUGAAGCUGCCACAUCAUCUAUUUCACCGACUACGACGACAAAUCUACCAACUCAAAACCUGACCGACGCAGACCGCGACUCCAUCGAUUCCUCAACGGCGUUAUUGCUUCGCGACUUGUCGUCUAGUAUCUCCAACCUGCAAUCCGCAGAACAAUUACGACAGGAAACGGAGCGACAGCUACUGCACAAAAAGUAUGGGCAUUUAAGAGGCACGGGGGUAUUGUGGCGAUGGGCUGCAGGUGCUGAUUCAGCAGAAGGUAACGAAGGGAAAUCGGAUGAGCAGAUAACAGCCGAAGAAUCGGCGAGAUGCGUAUCCACUGUAAGGGAGAAUGUGUUGUGGUUUCUGAGAAGGAAUCUGGAGCGAGUUGCGGAGGUGCAGAGGGGGAUGGUGGAGAAGAGGAUUGAGCGGGUUAGGGAGAAGGAGAAGAGCGUCCUAUACAAAGCUGCGGUUCCGCAGGAGCAGAUAAUACAUAGGCAACGGCAGCAGGAAUGGGAGCAACCUGCGGCUGGCAGGGAGCAGCAGCGGAAAUACGAAAAGGCGUCUACGCUCUCGGAUCAGGAAACAGCGACGAUUGAGUCGCAGUUGUCGGCUGAGCAACUCCAGCUUUUUGCGGAGGAGAAUGAUAUGAUGCUGAGACAUUAUGAGGAUACCCUGAGUAAAGUCCAAAACGCAGAAAAAUCCCUCCUGGAAAUUUCCUCGCUACAGCAAACCCUCGUCUCACACCUCUCCACUCAAGAAGAAUUCAUUUCGCAGCUCGUUACCGAUGCAUCCACCACAGCCGAGAAUGUAGGCAAGGGCAACAAAGAACUCAAACGGGCAAAUGAGCGAAAGAGUACGGCGCAGAUGGUGUUUUGGUGUACGGCGGGACUGUGUGUUUGGUUGAUUGUUUGGGAUGCUAUUUUCUAA